AUGCUUGAAAACGGCUUUGAACCCGACCCUGUUUCACUUGUUGGGUCGCUUUUAGCUUGUUCUCAACUCGGUUGUUUCAAAUUGGGUCGUUCUGUUCACGGGUAUGUGAUAAAAACGCUUAGUUAUAACUUUGAACAAGUUAGAACCGCGUUGAUCGAUAUGUAUUCGAAAUGUGGUUCUCUUUUCUCAGGGAACAUCUUGUUUAAUCAGAUAGUUUGUAAAGACACAGUAUUAUGGAAUGCUAUGAUUGCUAGCUAUGGAGUUCAUGGACAUGGAAAGGAAGCUCAUUUGUUGUUUCUGAAGAUGAUAAAGACGAAUUCAGAACCAGACCAUAUAACGUUUGCUUCUCUUCUGUCUGCGUUUAGUCAUUCGGGUUUGGUUGAAGAGGGAAUGGUGAAUGAAGCGUUUGAUCUUAUAUCUUCGAUGAAGACCGAGCCUGGCGUUGCUACUUGGGUUUCUCUUCUGUCUGGUUGUUGUAAUCAUCGGAAUAUACGAAUUGGAAUGGUGGCGGUUGAAAAAGUUUUGAAGAUGAAGAUCGAGGAACCGGGUGUUUAUACUUUGGUUUCUAACUUUUUUGCAAUGGCAAGAAAAUGGGAUGAAGUGGCUUGGAUUAGAAAGGAAAUGAGGAGAGUUGAGAUGAAGAAAACUCCUGGUUAUAGCACAUUGGAAGUUAAUGGGGAUGUUCAUGUUUUUGUUGUGGAAGAUGAGAGAUGUUUUCAGUAUGAAGAAAUGGCACAAAUGUUGGAAAGGCUGGAAGAUGAUAUGAGAAUGGUGAAAGAUUUACCAAUUCCUGAUCUACUCGACUAGCUCAAAGUAUAACUUUUCAAAUAAUUCUUAUUCUUAGAACUUGGAAGUUUCCAAUGCUAUUUACCUACAAAGGGUAAUUAUGUAUUUAUACUAUUUUUUAUUUGUAAAUGUCAAUAACUAAAGGAAAUCAGUCCUAAACCUUUUCACUAUUAUAUGAGUACCUUCAAAACAUUCUUAAUGCGUUUUUCAUUUUUUAUGUGUUAUUUUGAAG